GUUCGGUUGCUGAGCAGCGCACGCAGAUUAGUGGCUGGUGGCAGGGCGCGUGCCUGGGACCGUGGAAGGAGCGGGGCUCGCGGGCUGUGCCGCUCGAAGGCGGGAGGUCGUCAGUGGGUGCGUGCAGAAGCGUGGACCGUCGUCGCGAGGUUUCGUGAGAAAUGUGAGAAGGCCAGAUUUUCCCGCGAGCUCUCCCCGGCGCCCGGCUCUCCCUCGCUCGUCUGCGGCCGUUUUGUCUCCCGAAGAGGCUCUCCCACACCCCCCCGGCCUCCCCUGUCGGGCCCCGCGUGAUGUCGUGAUCUCCAGGCGGACGUGCGACCAGGGAGGCGGCGCUCAGGUGGCGGCGGCUCCUGCUGCCGCAGCAGCCGCCGAUGGGGCUGCUCCGGAUUAUGUUGCCGCCUAAAUUGCAGCUCUUGGCGGUGAUGGCGUUUGCGGUGUCCGUCCUUUUCCUGGAGAACCAGAUCCAGAAACUGGAGGAAUCCCGUGGGAAGCUUGAGAGGGCUAUUGCAAAACACGAAGUUCGGGAAAUAGAGCAGCGCCAUACAGUAGAUGGCUCUCGGUCAGAUGUAGUCCCAGAUGAAGAUGAUGAUGUGGUGAUCAUUUAUAAUCGGGUACCUAAAACUGCAAGUACAUCUUUCACGAACAUUGCAUAUGAUCUUUGUGCGCGGAACAAGUAUCAUGUUCUUCAUAUCAACACAACCAAAAACAAUCCUGUUAUGUCUCUACAAGAUCAGGUACGUUUUGUGAAGAAUGUAACUUCAUGGAAAGAGAUGAAACCAGGAUUUUAUCAUGGACAUAUAUCUUUCUUGGAUUUUGCGAAAUUUGGUGUUAAAAAGAAACCAAUAUACAUCAAUGUCAUAAGAGAUCCUAUAGAACGGCUGGUUUCUUAUUAUUACUUCCUGCGCUUUGGUGAUGAUUACAGGCCUGGACUCCGAAGGCGAAAGCAAGGGGAUAAAAAAACUUUUGACGAAUGUGUAGCAGCUGGAGGGUCGGAUUGUGCUCCCGAGAAACUCUGGCUUCAAAUACCAUUUUUCUGUGGCCAUAGCUCUGAAUGCUGGAAUGUGGGAAGCAGAUGGGCUUUGGAACAAGCCAAAUACAACUUGAUUAAUGAAUAUUUCCUAGUGGGAGUUACCGAAGAGCUUGAAGACUUCAUUAUGUUGCUGGAGGCAGCUUUGCCUCGCUUCUUCAGGGGUGCUACAGAAUUAUAUCGAACAGGUAAGAAGUCUCACCUUAGGAAGACAACAGAGAAAAAGCUCCCCACAAAAGAAACCAUUGCAAAGCUCCAGCAGUCUGAAAUCUGGAAAAUGGAGAAUGAGUUCUAUGAAUUUGCACUUGAGCAGUUUCAGUUUGUCAGAGCACAUGCAGUUCGAGAAAAAGAUGGAGAGCUAUAUAUUCUGGCACAAAACUUUUUUUAUGAAAAGAUCUACCCCAAAUCGAACUAAAUACAGUGCAUAUUUUUAGGUUAAGAAAACAAACCUUGUGGUCCCAUCCUUAUUCUCAGCGCCGAUUGGUAGAUGGUUGAUAAAUCAACUGAAGCGCUUUGAUCUUGAGUUUGGUAGAGUGCUCUGUGGGUUGCUCGAGGACUAGAGGACCUUGAUCAUCUGAGUUUAAGCUUCGGUUUCUUUAAUAUUCUGAAAGAAGGUUACUACCUAGACCUAAAGAAACUUGCACAAAAAUUUGCAGAAAUUAACCACAUACCAGUUGUAGCUGAAGUUUAGGUGAAAGGCUUCCUGUUAUUGUCUUCUUGAUUCAUAGGACAGCUUAUUUUACUUAACACGUUGCAGAGACGAAGCUGUUGGUUCCUUGGUGUCAACAUGGAGAUUUGGGUUGUAUACACUUACGAAUAAUAUUAAUAACUGGCUGACAUUUGUGCUUUGUUCUUGUGAAUUCAUAUCACGUGACAUUCAUUGGAAUGUUCACCUUCUGCUAAGAAAUGAUGCAGCUGGACAUGCCCAUAUUUAUAAAUAUGGAUUUUCAUUUUAAGAAGUUAAAACUGGUCGUGUGUUUUUUUAAAAAAAUCAAAUCCUGUAGUAAUAUUGUGAAAAGGCUGAAAACCACUCAGUGUUUCUUUAAUAUCUUUUGAACUUCCAACUUACGUUGGAAAAACUGUUAAGAAGUUAGCUUUUUCCUACACUUCAGUGUAAAACAGAUGAUUCUGUAUCAAUGUUCCAUGGAUUCUUUGUAAUUUUUAACAACUACUGGCAAAUCCAUAUUCUGACUCAAAUAGUGAGCUGUGGUAUGGUUAGGGUUUUCCUAUUUAGAUACUUUUACCAGUAGAAUAUUUUUACUAAGGUGCUUUACAAUGUGUUUUAAAGCAUUGCAUUUGCAAAAAGGAGAAAACAGCUGUAAAUAAUGCAUAUUUUAUGUAUUCGGACCAAAAGGUUAGAAGUAAACUUUAAACAGUGUCUUUGCACCAGUUUUGUUGGAUGUAAAGUAAAAGAAUCCCAUUUGCUUUUCCAGUCCCCACUUUGAGUUAACAGUUGGACAUCACCGAAACAUAUUUCAGUGAUCUCAGCAAAUUUAAAUAUACAGUGUGUCUGUCCAGGAGCUCCUUUUUCAGAAAACAACUUAAUCUUCAUCCUUUUAUCAUGACUAAAAGGAAAAGGAAAACUGAAGCAUGUAGCCUGGCCAAGAGAGAUAUGAAGAAUUGAUGUCAGCAUAUUCAUUGAACUGCCUUAUGUUACUUAGUAAACUUGCAUUUGCCACAGUUAGCACCUUACAACAUAAAUGAGAUUGUUUAGCAGUUAGUUACAUUCUGAAAUGCUAUAUUUUAAACAAAAUUCAAGAACUUUUGCCAUUCUUAAAAUUCCCUGUUGGUGCACAAUUCUUGAUUUUUUUAAGAAUAGCGUUAAGGUUUGAAGAUAUUUAAAACGAUCAGUUAAAAAUCAGCCUUUGAAUUUUACAUUCAGCAGAGUGCUAAAAGUGCAGAUGUAUUGAGAGGAAAACUUUAUCAAAAGCGUGUAUCUGUUAUAGAAACAAAAGAGGUUCUAUCUAUAAUUGAAUGUUUUAAUGCCAAAAACAUUAUGCUAUUAUAAUAAGGUAAUGAGACUGUUAAGUAAAGCUCUUACUUUUAUGUAUAUUUUACUUUGACUACUUCUUAGAGACAUUUUAAAAUGGGGCUGCUUUCCUAUGCAGUGUGCUUUUGUUUAGUUGACAAACACUGAUUAUGUUACUUCACUAUAUUACCAUGAACCUGACUCUUUUAUAGCCAUAUAAGUCCCGCUGAACGAAUUAUGGGAAAAUGCAGUAAUUCUUAUUAGACUACUUGGCUACUUAAGAUAUAGCAGACUUAUGAACCUUAGGUGUUGAUGUUCAGAGCACAACAAAAAUCUUGAUUGUCCAGGCUGAUGGUUAUAUAGUUUGCCUGUUGAUUUCAUUCUUGUGUGUUAGGAAGAGAAUUUAAGAUUGUGCUUCGAAACAAGGGGUAGUGCAUCAUAAUGUGAGCUAGUGCCACCAUGUAGAUAUAAAUGUGACUGUGCAAAUUAUUUUCAAAAAAGCAGUAUGGAUCCUCCAUCCUAGUAUCAUGGUGCAGACUACAUGGGAUAUCAUUUCUUGCAGAUUCUCCACUAUGUGGAUGUGUGUUAAAGGAAAGAGUGUGUGUCUAUUAAUUAGACAUGAGCUACUUUGCCUUUAAAUCUAUUUUCAUUAGUUCAGGUUUAUUUUAGAUACUCAGGCUGCAAUCAUGUCUACAGUUACCUGGGAUUAACCCCUAUUGAGCACAAUGGGGACUCAUUCCUGAAUAAAUGCAUAUGAUUGUGCUGACAAUAUUGUAAAGUAGACAGCAAGUGGGUAAAAGAGUAGACAUCCUUUUUUUAUUUCCUAAAUGCUCAUUUUAAAGACAAGCUAUAGCAGCUGUGUAUGGUUUAGCCUUGUUACUGUAAAUCGUAAGUAAGUUAUAUUCGGCUUCAUGGGACAUCAUCAGAUAUUACUCCAUUUAGGGAAAAUAAUGUUCCUCAUGAUAAUUUAGUCCUGACAGGCUGUAUGAAAAUUUAGAGAAUUAUAGUAAGACAGAAAAUUAAAAAAGGUAUGAUUGCAUUUAAAAUGAAACACAAUGUUUUGAGAUCACCAACACCGCUAUUGCAUACUCUUAAAUCAUCUAUAUUUUGUUCUCUAAGGUUCUUUGCAUGAUGCGGUUGUAAAUUACUUUUAAAGAAAGCACUGGAUAAAGGUCUUAAUGUUUACAAAGUAAAAUACAGGCAUCUAAACAUUAGAUGUAAACUUGCAAAUUACAAAAAAUAAUUGAAACAGGACAUGAUAGCCUACACCUUUCAACAGUAUUGAAAGUUUUAAAAAGGAAUUAUUUAUCUUCCUAGAGAGAGCUGUUUGGCUUUCUGUUUGACUAUGAUUUUACUUCGCAAGUACAAGCAUGUUUUAAAAGGCCAAUUUCUACUCCUCCUUUAGAAGGAAUCUUUGAAGCAGUACUGUUUGAAUCUUAGCAGUCAAAGGGAGGGUGGCCAGAGCUUUGAUCUCUAAAGAACUACAUUAUUUCUUGUCAGUUAAUAGUUAACAUUCUCUGAUUUUUUGCUACAAUAAUUGUCUUAUGUGUUGCUUAAAUACUUCUAAUCACCAGCUUUUCUGGAUAUUCCAUUUAAAACUCUACCAAGACUUUAGCUCAGCUUUUUGCCAGGGAGAGGUUCACUUGAUGAGGUGUGUAACAAGGACAAAUAUAAGAGACUCAGGGUGGGUGUUUGUGAGCGGGGCAGUAUUGUUUAGUGUGGCUGAGGAGGUCUCCUUUUUAAUCUUUAGCUUGCGUACAAUUGUAAACAUCGGCAUGCAACAAAAGACUGUGUCGAACCCAGGCUUGGUCUGCAGUCUCUUCCUAGAAUGACUAGAGGAUUAUAGUCAUAUUCAAGAAUUUCAAAAAUGUAACUAUGGAAGAUCUAUAGGGAUAUGAUUCCAGCUCAUUUCUACAUUCCCAUAUUAAUGUGGAAGUAAGACUGUCUUACUGAAUGAAGUUUGUCUUCAGAUCUUCCCCAUCAAGAUCAGAAAAUCAAGAGUAGAAGUUGGUAUGGACAUCUCCAGAUUGUAUCUGUGGCUGUCAUGUUUAAAAAGCCCAAAUAGGACUUAACGCUAUAAUGUGAUCUAGUAUGGUUCUAACAUGUUCUACGAAGGGUGCUAAUGGUAGAAUGGCCUUGGUUAAAAAUAAACCUACCAAAACCUAAGAAAACCUAAGUUUUCUCACUUUUCCCUGGGAAACCACAGAAUGGACUUGUAAAAGUGAGAAACAGUUUUGGUCUUACAAUUACUCUUAAAUACAUCUUGAAAUAAUUACAAGUGUGAAUUUUACAUUUUUUCUCCUUUGCAAUACAUAGAUGGUAGUUUGCAUUCCAGGCAAAAUGUGAAUAGUUGCUCUGGUUGCAUGUGGGAUUAAUUCAGACACAACGCCAACUGGUAUCCCAAACAUGUAGCAAAUCAUAGUUAGCAUGAUCUCCCUAAUAAUUUCUGGGUAUAAUUCUAAACAUUGAUUGUGAAAAGUAGAGCAGCCAACACAAACUGGGGCUCUUGUUACCUCUGAAUUAAUACUACAUGGUCUACUAUAAGUGGAUUGUCAAGCCAUCUGCAAACCUUGUUUUAUAAUUCUUUACAAACUGUGGUACUUUAAUAUUGGAUGAGGGAUCAUGAUGAGCAUAAUUUCUUGUCACAUCUGAAUUUUAUUAGGGUUUGUAAGCUCUGCAAUCUUUUAAAUAUUGAGUCCUCUGAAAAAAAAUUAUUUGUGGUUAGGAGUCCUUUGUGAUGGCAGUCUAUAAAGAAGAUCAUUGAAUAAUCUUAUCUUCUCCUAUCUGUGAGUAGAAGCAUUUUUCCUUCAUAACGAACAUGUGGGUUCAGGACAGGCCUUGUCUGGUGUUUUCUUGAUCGAAAACUACAAAUGUACUUUUCUGGAAGCUGCUUAAAAAAUUUCUGAAUUUGAAAAUAAAAUGGUGGGAAUGGAGUAGAGGAAACUAUCAAAACAAUAAUCAAAGACUGCUAAACAGAAAUUUCUCUUCUUAUAUUCCAGACUCGAUAGUAUAUACUGAACUGUUACAAUUGACUUUCCCUUCUAUAUUUCAGCAAGCAGGGACAACCUGUUUCAUCAGUUUUUUAAGAUUGUAAAUCUCAAUUAAGUUUAUAUUAAAUAUUGAAUAACAUAUAUUCUUUAAAAGUGCAGCCCAUAGUACAGAUGAUGAUUAGUCUGGAAGAUUAAAUUCCUUAAAAUAUUUUAAUGCAUGCAUUUAAAGAAUUUGAUUAGUAGGAACACUUGAAUGAAAUUAAAAGAAUUGCUUUAUAAAUGUUUAGGCUGUGGGAGGUAGUACUGAUAUUCUGAUUAUUUAUUUUGUAAAACCAAAUAUAUGAAAUAUGUAUAUCAUAAUGUUUCAGAUAUAGUGGUAUUCCCCGAAUCCAGUGAAUUUGCUUACAUGAAAGCACCAUGCCCACUAGUGAUGAAAGUAGUAUUCACAUGAGUGGGGGAUGCAGUUGUUAUGCACAUGAAUUGCUGCCCUUACUGAAACGAAUGAGAGGCUUGCACAUAAAAAGGCAAUGUGUCUGACUCGAAUUAAAAAAGUUCCAGAGUGCAUUAUUGGAAAGUACAUUAUUGCAUAGAGCUGUCUGUCUGUUUCACAGGUUAAAAUUGCCUCUUGCCAAGCUGUUCCUGUACAUGCGCAAAUUUCAACACACACCUGCCUUUCAAUAGAUGAUAAUUUAGAAUAAGCUUUUUGAAAUGCAUUGGAGAACAAAACAGCAUUUAAUAAAGGUUUAACUGUUACACGUUUGCUCCAGAUACUUAACUUGAUUCACAUAAUAAAGUAAGCUUUUAUACUCAUGUCAGAAUUCUAGCAUACAGUACUUCAAAAUGUACAAUCAAUUUAUACAUCAAUUUGUUCAAGUGUUUAGAAGGAAGCUAAACUAUAACCUUGUUUUUGAAGUCUAAUACAUAAGAAGAAGAUGAUCCCUUUAUGAACUAAUCGCUUUUUAGAUAUUUUGCAUAUCUAAACAUGAGCAGCUGAUACUUACUUUCCCACCAUGAACAUUGCUCCCUGUCCAUGCUCUAUGUACUCUGGAAUAAAGCCUCUGAUUUCAGUAAGAUUUGCUUUUACAUUAACUUCUCCAGCAUUGCAGCUGAAAGAGAUCUUGGAAAUGUUUUCUAUAUUCAGUGCCUAAUCUGUGCUGCCACGAAAAUGUGCUGAAAAGCCUCUGCCAUGCACACUGCCAGUUAGCUCUUCAGGGUGGUGCAUUCUGUGAUCAUUCAAGUUCAGACUAGAACAAGUGUAAUCAAUGAUCAGUUGCCAAGAUAUACUGUGUGUUAAGCCCAUGUAGGUAUGUGACUUCUUGUGGCGCUUGCUUAUAAAUGGAAGCCCUUGUGAUAUUUAUAUAUUUGCUUUAAAGAAAUCUGUUCAGAUGCUUGGAUUUCUCUCAUUGAAAUUUUGGUGAGCCAAGCUGUAGUUUGUGUAUUACAGCGUUUCAGAAGCAUUAUCGAAUGUAAUUUUGAGAAUAUAGAUUGUGACUCAUUAUUUUUUAAGAUACACAUCUAAACUAGUGCCUUUUUCCUCACAGUCUGUGUUAGGAGAUGCUCACUCUUCCUUUUCACAUACGGAUUCAGUUGUUCAAUACUCUCCCAAAUAUAAAACCAUUUUAUCACAGCUGUUUGAUAGAAUUGCUUUAUUUUUUCCCCCUUUUACUUUCUGAGAGCUUUCUCUUGUUGAGUGUUUCAGUUGAUUACCUAAUGCAAAUGAUACACAAAAUAAAACACCCAAUGGGAACGGGGAAAGACAA